GAAAACUCCAGCAAAACAACCCAGCCGCUCAGAGAGACCGGAAAGCUCCCAAACUUUGCAACUGUUCAGGAUCACAAUGCUGCCGGCCACAUUCAAGCUCUGCGCUGGCAUCUCCUACAGACACCUGCAUAACAUGACAGGCUUGAAGAGACAGGCUGCAGUGACAAUUGCCCAGGAGCUGAAUAAAUUCGCCUUUUCUAGGCCAGGUCCCAGCAAAUGGAUCCACCAAGUUCGCCGAAGGAGCUCUUUGCUAAGUUCUAGACUGGAGGAGAACCCCUUCAGUGAAACAGAGAUGUCCUACAUCAAGCAAGGAGAGGAGGCACUCCAGAAAUCACUUAACAUUCUCGGAGACCAGGAUGGCUGGAAAACGGAGACGGUGGUGGACAAUGGUGACAAAGUGCUGAGCAAAGUCCUCCCAGACGUGGGCAAGGUCUUCCGGCUAGAGGUGGUGGUUGACCAACCUGUGGACUGUGUCUAUGGCGAACUGGUAGAAAGAAUGGAGCAGAUGGGGGACUGGAACCCCAGCGUCAAGGAAGUCAAGAUCCUGCAGAAAAUCGGCAAAGACACGGUGAUCACCCACGAAACGGCAGCAGCGGCAGCUGGCAACCUCGUCGGGCCACGAGACUUCGUCAGUGUCCGUUGUUCCAAGAGGCGCGGCUCAAUGUGUGUUCUAGCCGGCAUGGCCACCGCCUACACGGGAAUGCCUGAACAAAAAGGGGUUGUCAGGGCUGAGAAUGGUCCCACAUGUAUGGUUCUUCGGCCACUCACAGGAGAUCCCUCCCAGACCAAGUUGACCUGGCUUCUCAGCAUCGAUCUAAAGGGCUGGCUACCAAAGACACUCAUCAACCAAGUCCUCUCCCAAACCCAGGUGGAUUUUGCCAACCACCUCCGCGACCAUUUGAGCUCUGCCUCUGCGAAGGCCCUGCGUUGCUGAAGGAAAGCCUCCACCCUCCUGGACACCACCAACCAGCUCACGGACUGCUGCUGUUCCUGCUUGAUGCAAAUGGUCCUCCCUGCUAGCCGUGAGGGAACGGCCACCCCCCAGAGUGCUUGGAUACGUGUGUUUAGGCCAACUUGUAGAAUGAACCUACUAGCUCUACUAGUUAAGAGCAGCCGAGACUGACUGCUCUUAAAAGGGGUGGAGGGCAACAAACUCAUCAUUCCCGAUAGCUGGGCAGGCUUCUUGUCUGCUUCGGGGACACCUCUAGAACGGCAUCUUUCUCGUCCUCCUCCCUUGGUCAAAUGCUGGGUAUGAAAGCUGGGUUGUCCUAUCCAUUGUGCUACCCAGCUUUCCCUCCUACUUUGAUUCUAAACCAUCACGUCUCCCUGCUCCUACCUAGUUGUUUGCUCCCACACAACCAAAAAUUGGGAGCACAUACAGCUGCCAAACUUGAACAGCUUCAAGGUUGAGGAGAUACUUCCUACACAUGAGGGGUUUUAGUUGAGGCUUAAAAGAAAAAGGUAAAGUGUGCGUUCACAUAUCAACCUGCGUGACUAAGCUCACCUCUUGGUCCAGCAUAGUGUAGGAUUUUGAGUUCACAUCCCUGUUCAGCUGUGAAGAUCACUGGCUGACUGGGCCAGUCACUUAUCUCUCAGAUUAACCUACCCUACAGGCUUGUUGUGCGGAUAAACCAUCAUGUAUGUCACUCUGGGCUCCUUGGAAGAAAAGCAGGAUAUAAAUCUAAAAUUAAAAGUUACUCAGCACAUGGAAGCCCUCCGCUGAACUGCCUCUUUUCAGAAUAGGUGCAUCCAGUGAUAAUUGCUCUUAAAUAUGUUGUCAUGGCUCUUUCAAAUAUGCAGGUUUGAAACAAUGUGUAAACUCACCUUUAGUAUAAUGAAAAAGCAGAAAUUUCUUGUUUGCAUAUCCAUAAAAGAAGCAGUCAAUUCCUCUUUGUUUUAAGGCAUACAGAAUAUGUGAGCAGAUUAUCCUUUGUAGAUGGAAGGAUACAAUUCAACAGAAUCCUCCUCUCCAACAUUUCACAGAUAAAAAAAUGGGCAUUCUUGUGUAUUUGUAACACCUCAACUUUCUUCCAUACCAAGACUGAGUCCAAGCCCCGACAGUACAUAAAUGUUCACUAGUUAUGAGACAGGCAUCCACCGGCUUACAUCCAGAUCAGCAGACUUAUUUAUUGAAAUUAAUGGGACACGUUUCCUUCAACUGGAGUACUCUAUGCUAAUUUUUGGAAGCCUGUCAGUCAGGCUGAGGGGCGGGGCACGCUGAGCUUCAGAAUGCAGCCAGCCAAUCAGGAACAGAGGAGAGUCUUCACCCUCCUCCCUCCCCUUCUGCAGUGACACAUCACUGAGGAUGCAUCUUCUUAAAGCUGGCAAUCCUCAGAUAGGGAAUAAAAAGCCCGGCUGCAGUGCAGGGAGGCACCUUGAGAGCCCUUCAGGUACCUGGUACUAACCCACUGUUGGGAACCCCUGUCCUAGUACAAGAGCAUUACAUUCGUGCAGGGCUGCUAAACUUCAGCCCUCCUGCAGAUGUUGGCCUACAAUCCCCAUAAUCCCUGGCUAUUGCUUGCGGUGGCUGGAGAUUGUGGGAGUUGUAGUUCAAAACCAGCUCAAGGGACAAACUUAAGCCUUGCAUUGGCGCAACACUAAUCUGGAUGUAGGAUGUAUUAGUCGGGAUCAAUAGCCUGAUCCAGACAUUAUGCUGUGCGAGCGUACAGAUACCUGUACACUCAUAGAUGCGUUUGUGGGAAUGACUAGACUUGCAUUUGGGUUAAAAGUGACCCUGUGCACAAGCCCCUCAAAUGUAUGGUACAGAGAAGCGUACAGCCUGCUCUACCUAUGUUCAAGGGAACAUGUGAAUAACUGCACCUGUGUACAGAUCUGUACCUACAUAACCGUAUGAGGGUUCAACAUAACAUGUGAAUGGGGCUGUUUACUAAGGAGAAUGAGGGAAAAUGAGAACUGCUCUUGUUAAAACAGAGACUGUUGGCACCUCAUGCCAUGUCAGUCACCUGAAGCUCUCCGAAAUCAGGAGCUUGUGGCCUGAAUGUACACUAUAGAUUCCACACCACUUCAGUAAAGGCCACGCCACCCCUAUAUAGUUAGCGCUAAGCAAAUGUUCAGUGGUAGCAGCAAGACCACUAAACCUCUUCCUGCCAAGUGGUUGGAAAUCGUAAAGACCAGGAGGAAAUGCAAAGCAACAUCCUUACAAAUACCGGCUGACGAUCUGCAGCAUUCGAUUGCUGUCAUGCUGCACCCAGAGGCUACGGCAGCCCUGACGUGGCAAAGGGAAGAAAUUGUUAGCACGGCUUCUUGCACAAGCUCUACACGACAGCAUGGAAGCUGCCACUGCACUGGAGGGGUGAGGUAUAAAGACUUUAAAUAAAUAAAUAAGGCUCCUACCGUAAUUCAGACCUCACCAAUCGGUUUAAAGCCAACUACUUGUUGAUGGGCUUGUGAAUUACAAAAUCAAGAUUUGCUUUCAUUUAUUUUGCCAAAAAGGCUGUAAAAGCGUGCAUGUGCACCCCAAAAGCUUUUUCGGUAGCCUAAGAGAUUACACUGCCUUUCAUUUAAAAACACACUGGUAUACUCUGAGGCUCAAAUUACUGGUAUACUCGGAGUCUUAAAUCCACCCCCAGCAGAGUACCUCCAGUGACUGUUGCUGGUGUCUAUCUUGUGUUUCUUUUUAGAUUGUGAGCCCUUUGGGGAUAGGGAUCCAUCUUAUUAUUAUUUCUCUGUGUAAACCACCCUGAGCCAUUUUUGGAAGGGCAGUAUAGAAAUCUAAUAAAUAAUAAUAAUAAAUAAUAAUAAAUUAA